AUGUUCAACUCGGCGUCAAAUAUCACGAUUAUUUCAUCCCUACUGUUCUUUUCAAUAAUAUCAUCACUAUUCUCCAACUCGCACUCAUGUCCACUACCACUAGAAAUAAAAUGUCGGAAGACAAGAGACUUUCGUCUAACACCUGUUUCAGCCACAGUUACGUUUCACUCUGAACGGAUUAAUGGCACAUUCAGUCUUUAUGACAAUCUUUUCGAUUCUGGCACGCAAAUUUGGGGAAGAUACUUUCAUCCUCUCAGCGAAUUGGUUGAAUAUAACUUUGAGGCACACUAUUACUCAACUUGCCAACAUCCAACAAAAAACAAACUUUACACCGUGGAUAUAACCGAUGGGCUUAUGCCCAAAGACUUGCGAAAUAACGAUGGGACCUGUGUAUUUGAAACAACAGAAUUUUCAUGGUAUAUGGGAGAUACUGUACCAACGGUUGUAGUUGCAUAUGAGGGAUACGAAAAAUUAAAUCCGAGCGGUAGAUUAUUGCAUUACUGGAGACCGCUAGCCUGUGCUCCUGUCGUUGUAAUGCAGGGGACAUUGAAGUAG